GGAUACUGGGGUGAAAGAGUUGCUUGGUUGGAAGCUCUUUUGACCAAACUGCGCUUCACUUUUCUCCAGUUUCCAGAAAGUUUUCACAUGUUAAGACAGAGAUUUAGAUUUGGAAAGGACUGGAAGUAGACCGCUUGAGGACUUCUGAAAACUGGUGGAACUAAUUUCCUGUCUGAGCUGCCAGGAGGUCAUAAAAAGUCUGGAGGACUCAUGGUGGAAUUAGAUCUGUGCUGAGAACAGGAUGUCGACGCUACCAUCAGACAACAGUCCUGAAGAUGCCAACAAUCGCAGCUUCUGGAUGCCUGGGAACUAUCAGCGCACUGUGAAGCGGACAGAAGAUGCCUUCCAGGCCUGUAAUGACAUUGUGGCGUGUUUCCAAGAGAGGGCUCGCGUGGAGCGGCAGUACGCCCAGCAGCUCAGUGAAUGGAGCAACAAGUGGAAGCCGGUAGUGGACUCCAGUCCUCUUUACGGAUCUCUUAUGAAGGCUUGGCAGUGUUUUCUGUCUUCCGCUGACCGGCUGGCGUCCUUGCACGCGUCCAUCUGUCGCUCCCUGGUGUCGGAGGAUGGAGACAGGGUCAGAACCUGGCAGAAGGACACCUUUCACAAGAAGUUAUUUGGAGGUUUUAAGGAGACCCAGGACGUUGAAACCGGCUUCAUAAGGGCUCAGAAGCCCUGGGCAAAACGUCUGAAAAAGCUGGAUAAAGCCAGGAGGGCGUACCACAAAGUGAGCCGGAAGGAGCAGGCAGCCAGGGAGCGAGAAGCACACGCUCAGGGAAACCCGGACGUCGCCAUCGACAAACAGAAGAGAAUCCAGGAGGAGAGGGAGCUGGCUCAGCAGGAGGCCGAGAAGGUCCGUGGCCGCUAUGAGAAAGUCCUCGAGGAGGUGAACCGCUACGCUCCACGCUACAUGGAGGAGAUGGAGUCCAUCUUCGACCAAUCACAGGAUGAGGAGCGCAAGAGAAUCGUCUUCCUCAAACAGGCUUUUCACUCCAUCCACAAACAUUUGGACAUUACCAACAAUGAGAGUGUGAGGGCUGUGUAUGACGAGCUCCACAACACACUGAUGGCCAUCGACGAGCACGAGGAUCUCCGCUGGUGGAAGAACACUCAUGGGCCUGGAAUGCCCACAGACUGGCCUCACUUCCAGGAAUGGACGCCUGAAAAGAAAACCAAGAAGGGGAAAGAAACCAAGAAAGUCAUAGAGAAGAAGAAAGGAACAAUAGAGAAGAGUGUGAUGAUUGGAGGAGUGAGAGUUCGAGCUCUGUAUGAUUAUGUUGGCCAGGAGACAGAUGAGCUGUCAUUUAAAGCAGGGGAAGAGUUUUUGAAGGUCGAGGAUGAGGAUGACCAGGGCUGGUGUCGAGGGAUGAAGGACGACGGGUGGGAGGGGCUUUACCCUGCCAACUAUGUGGAGGUGGUGUAGUGAACGCGUUAAGACUUGAGAUGAGAUAUCACGUAACAUCACAUGCUUCAUUUCAUUGACGUUAUAACCUGUGUGAGAUUGUCUAAAUCUCUGAAACAUCGAACCAAUGCUGUAAAGAAAAAAAACAUCAUGUAGCUGUUAGCCAAAGAUCUGGUCAGUGAACAGAGGAGGAUUUUUUUUUUUUAAACAACACAGGUUGUGUUUUCUCUUGAAGGAUUUGACAAAUGUUUUAAUAUAUACAGUAUGCAAAGAACACUUGUAUUAAAGCCAUAUAGCAAACAGAGCUUUUAAAAAAAGAUAUAAAAUGCUGGUGUGGUACAUUAUAUAACUAGCCAUCGGUGCUGAGAGUUUAUUACAGGACUGCUUCAUUCUUUGAGCUGGUUUAUCUGGACACAUUGCUAAUAAAAUGCUCACAAAGACUCUUAUUGUAUUGUAAAAUGUGAUGCCAAAACUGUGACUGUAAUUCAUCAAGAGCAGUGAGUAGGUCCGCUUGUUAUAAUGACUUUAAAAGAUACUUGUUUACCCCGUCUACAUGCUUUAAAGGAACAGUUGAAAUGUGCUGGUUUUGCUGUGGAAUGCACAAUGAUAUAAAACGAUGGGCAUCAGUUUCAUCUCCAUAUGUCAGGAAAGGGGGAACUGCUAGCUUAGCAGCAUUAUCACACAUUCCAAGAACUCCAAUGCUAAAGAUCCCAAUCGUGCCAACGGAGGAACAUCAAAUUCCUGGAGCUCUACAGAGAUGUAAGAGAUAUAUUCGCUAACUGUUUUGGUUUCCUAUCCCUCAACAUUUCGGCUCCGUCUUGUCUCGGUUUCUUAGUUUUUUCACUACUAGAGCUGUUAGCUUUUUCCAGAUAAAAAUAGCUGAAAUAGCUCUAAAAUAGCCCUUCACUUUAAACAUGUUAAUUCUUUUCUUAAUCAGAUUCUCAAUUUGACACCACACAGUUACAUUUCUGAGCGUGUCACUGUUCCUUUAAGUUAACCUCUGGUGAACAUAUUGUCCUCUCUGUGUGUAAUAUCUAAUCAUCAGUUGUUGUUCUGCAUGAAGCUUGAUAUAAAGAAAGAGCCUCAGGAAACUGCUGGCUAUGCCUUACCUUUGUCCUGCGCCUUCUUCACUAUCUUUUUAGUUUUUCUUCUCCUCUUUCUACACAUAUGUUCAUGUAUGUCAAGUCAAAAUGUAGCAUUUGCCCCUAAAAAUAUAUAUUUUUUGCAAACCGUCUGUCUUUUGGAAAUAAAAGUUGAAAAUGCUACGCACAAAGAA